AUGUCUCAAUUAUUUACUCCCGCCGAUGUGGCCACCCACAACAACGCCGAGAAAGGCAUGUACAUCAUCAUCGACAACACAGUUUACGAUGUAACCAAGUUCGCGGAUGAACACCCCGGAGGCGCGAAGAUCUUGAAGCGUGUUGCUGGAAAGGAUGCUUCUAAGCAGUUUUGGAAGUACCACAACGAAUCCGUGUUGAAGAAGUACUCGCCCAAGUUGAAGAUUGGGGAUGUUAAGGAGGCUGCGAAGCUGUGA